AUGGCGUGUGAGGCAGAGCGCCGUCCCCUGGGCGUGUUUGAGUGCCAGCUCUGUGCUUUAUCAGCUCCAUACAGCUACGUGGGGCAGAAGCCCCCUGACACCCGGUCUGUCGUUCUCCUGGAGGAAAGCUACGUCCUGAAGGACCCGUUCACCGCAGACAGGAACAAGUUCCUGGUCCUCGGCUCCCGGUGCAGUGUGUGUAGCAGGCUGGUGUGCGUGGGCCCGGAAUGCAGUUUGUUCUACUCCAAGAGGUUCUGCCUCCCUUGUGUCCGGGAGAACAUUGAUGCUUUUCCUCGCGAGAUCCAGCGAGACGUGGAGAAGAGGAAAAUGCCGGCCAAGAUGCCCUGCAGCAAGCCCAGAUCUCCGACCUGA